GCGACGGCGCGCAUCUCUCAGCUCUUCUUCCCCCUUCGCACCAGUAACCACGGCUGCACACAAACUAACUACCCCACCGCACAUCUACAAUUACACUACAUACACUCUAGCUCUGCCGCUCGGCCGCUCUGAAGCAAACCUGCCCACACCCACCCGUCUCUCGCCCCGCACAGCCGGAAUCACAAAGAUCCUACCGUACUCCAACCACAAACACGCACAAAUACAAUGCCCCCGAAGCAGGAAGUCGACGUGUCGAAACUCGGCCCAGAGGAAAAGGCCUUUUACGAAAAGUAUGGACGUCUGCCACCCGCAAAGAAGGCCAUCCUCGGUCAACGGAUGAAGGGCGGCGACCGAAAAUACUUUGAUUCCGGCGACUACGCCAUGUCAAAAGCGGGCAAAUCGUCCUCGAACGAAGUCGGGUCCGAGCACCCUUCGCCCGAACGCAUCCCGCACUCUGUGCCCUCCAACAUGAAGAAGGACGCAAAUCCACCGGUCGAGUCGAGCUUGAUCCAUGAGGCUAAUUUGGAGACUAAGCCGGCUGGUGCGGCUGCUAGUACGUGAGGGAUGGAGGGAUGUUGGGUGGUUCUGGGGCGAUGGGUGGCGGGAGAUGGAUGAGGGCAGGGCUGCAUCGCAGAAAAGAGAGGGAGGAAACUGGAGUGGUAUUGCGAGUGGAAGAAUGGAAUAUGGAUAGGGAGAACAAAAACGUUAGGCGAAGACCAAGAUUCUUUGCAGAUGAGAUGCGCCCCCAUGAACAUCCCACACACAGUUCCCUUUCCCAUUGCAUGGGAUUACAAAUCCCACCGGUCACUCGCCCUUGUUUCGUUUUGUGAGCUUGUGGGUUCCCUCGUUCCUUUUUUCGAGUGAUUUCUUGUUAAUUCUUAUACCAUUUUCAUUUGAACGUGCUGCUGAUGUAUGGG